CCGCACCUAGAGAACAGGAUCUAUUGAGAUCUUCUGCGAGAUUUAGAUUCUUGUCCAGCUGACGUUUACUGAGCCGGUGUACUGAGCCCUGUGCAGAGUGGCUCCACAUAUUAUUCCUCGUAUGAAACACUAAUAUUUUAAAUUUCCAGAGAAAUUCUCAACCUCGACUGCACGUCAGAACCUGUGCCCGAGAUCCACCUCAGAGCAAUUAAAUCCCAUGUCUCUAGGGAUGGAGCAUGGGCAGUGGCUAAAUGUGAACUUCACCAGGUGACAGGUCCAACCCCGCCCCCAUUCUCCACCGCCAGCGUCAGCGUCAUAACCCCGCCCUCGCAUCCGUCACAGUGCCCCCAGCAUUUUAGGCCGGAGCAGCCUGGCAACCCUCCGAAGUGCAAGGCGAGGGACCAACGCUGAGUCAGAAUGGGCGAGUGGAAAGCCUACAUCAGUGCGGUGCUGCAGGACCAGCGCAUCGACGACGUAGCCAUCGUGGGCCACUCGGACAAUCGCUGUGUGUGGGCAUCGCGGCCCGGGGGACUGCUGGCCGCCAUCUCGCCGCAGGAGGUGGGUGUGCUCACGGGGCAGGACCGGUGCACCUUCCUGCAGGCCGGCCUGAGCGUGGCGGGCCGCCGCUGCUGCGUCAUCAGAGACCACCUGCUGGCGGAGGGCGACGGCGUGCUGGACGCGCGCACCAAGGGGCUGGAUGGGCGCGCGGUCUGCGUGGGCCACACGCCGCGCGCGCUUCUGGUGCUCAUGGGCCGGCGGGGCGUGCACGGGGGCAUCCUCAACAAGAAGGUGCACGAGCUGAUCCACUGGCUGCGCACUCAGGGCACCUAGCAGAACAGCCAGGUGGCCGCGGAGACAAAAUAAACUCAGACCUGGGAA